GCGGCGCGGUGCGGGCGAGCGCGGGGCCCAGGCCGGAGUAUGCGCGGGCCUCGGCGGGCGGCCCCGGCGCAUAGCCGCGGCCGGGGCGCGCGGCGCGGGGCGGAAAAGCCUGUUUACACAGACUGCACACCGCCUGGGGAAUAAUGCAGUAAAGGAAGUGAGCCGGCUCGGCCUGACUGCUCCAACUUCCUGCUCUCACACACACCAGAGGAAAAAAAAAAAAAAAAAAAAAAAGAGGAGCGAGAGAAAGAAAAAAAAGGGGGGAAAAUCAGGAUCUCAUUACAAGAGCAACAGACCGUCUGCAGACGCCUGUCAGCAUGGAAAGUCGGGGGCUUUCGCCCGGUUCCUCCUAGAAAUUCCCCCGAAGAAGGAUCUUGAAAGCUCCCCCACAUCUGGGCAUGGAGAGUGCAAUCACCCUGUGGCAGUUCCUGUUACAGUUGCUGCUGGACCAGAAACAUGAGCACCUGAUCUGCUGGACCUCCAACGAUGGUGAAUUCAAGCUCCUCAAAGCAGAAGAAGUGGCCAAACUGUGGGGACUCCGAAAAAACAAAACGAACAUGAACUACGAUAAGCUGAGCAGAGCCCUGCGAUACUAUUACGACAAGAACAUCAUCAAAAAGGUGAUUGGGCAGAAGUUUGUGUACAAGUUUGUCUCUUUCCCGGAAAUACUGAAAAUGGACCCUCACGCGGUGGAGAUCAGCCGGGAGAGCCUUCUGCUGCAGGACAGCGACUGCAAGGCGCCUCCCGAGGGCCGAGAGGCGCACAGACACGGCUUGUCAGCCCUCAAAAGCACAAGCCGCAACGAAUACAUCCACUCAGGCCUCUACUCGUCCUUCACCAUUAACUCUCUGCAGAACCCGCCAGAAUCCUUCAAGGCAAUCAAGACGGAGAAGCUGGAGGAGCAGCCGGAAGACAGCCCUCCCGUGGAAGAAGUCAGGACUGUCAUCAGGUUUGUGACCAAUAAAACCGACCAGCACAUCAGCAGGCCCGUGGUGUCGCUGCCCUCCACGUCUGAGGCCUUCCUGUCCUCGUCCGUCUCAGCCAAGAUCUCCUCUUUAAUGCUGCCAAACGCCGCCAGCAUUUCGUCCUCUUCGCCCUCCUCAUCUCGGUCCCCGUCCCUGUCCCCCAACUCGCCUGUCCCUUCUGAACACAGAAGCCUCUUCCUGGAGGCCGCCUGCCAUGACUCGGAUUCCCUAGAGCCCUUGAACCUGUCAUCGGGCUCCAAGACCAGGUCUCCAUCUCUUCCCCCAAAGGCCAAAAAACCCAAAGGCUUGGAAAUCUCCGCGCCCCCGCUGGUGCUCUCUGGCACCGAUAUUGGCUCCAUCGCCCUCAACAGCCCAGCCCUUCCCUCCGGAUCCCUCACCCCAGCCUUCUUCACCGCGCAGACACCCAACGGACUGCUACUGACCCCAAGCCCGCUGCUCUCCAGCAUACAUUUCUGGAGCAGCCUUAGUCCAGUUGCUCCACUGAGUCCUGCCCGGCUGCAAGGGCCAAACACGCUGUUCCAGUUCCCAACACUGCUUAAUGGCCACAUGCCAGUGCCAAUCCCCAGUCUGGACAGAGCUGCUUCUCCAGUACUGCUUUCUUCGAACUCUCAGAAAUCCUGAUGACAUCUGGCCACAAUUAAAGACUCAUUAACUGAUGAAACAAUUUUGUCUCCAUGGGCUAGUUUACCUGUGUCAUGAGAAGGACGUUGUGAAACUUUCUGUUAAUUUGGUUUGCACUUUUCAUAACAUUGAUGGUCUAGAUUUAUGUUAGCAUUUUUUAAACUUUUUUUAUAUUCAAGUAUAUAUGAAAAUCUGUUUUGCAUUAAGUGAAUUUUAAUGUUUGUUUUUAUAUCCCCUUAGCUUUUAAGUGUUGAACACUGUUGACAGUGAAGAACUUUUCUUAAUGGUUUUCAGUGUAACUAAUAAGGAUGUGAAGCUUUUUUCCUCUUUAAUUCUGCAUAUGCUGAACUGUGCUUAUAUACACUAUAACCAGCUGUGCCUUCCUUUGCAUUUAGUUUUAUGUAAAUGAUUUAUAUAUUUUUUAGUAUUAAGAGAAAAUGUUUGAAAGACAAAUUAGUAUCAAACAGCUCUCUAGUAGAAUAUCAUUAUUUUUCACAAGUAGGCAAUAUGAAAGCAUAUUCAUAUCACUUUGUCUUUUUUGCUUUCAAUUGUAUAAGAAUUGCCUUAGAACCUCUUUUGAACUGAAAUUCAAUAAAUGUAAUGUCCAAGUAAUGUUUUUAUAAGAAGAAUCUAAGCCAUAUUUAGACAAUAAACAUUCACAGAAGAAAAUGUUCUAAAGUGCAUUUUUAAAAAAAAAGAACUUUGAAAGGCUAGCCUCCUAGCUGUUUAAAAUCUUUCAGACUCCUCCCAAACAAAAACCUGAGAUGGAAAAGCUACAUCAAGUUCAUUCUAUCUAUGCCUCUGGAAUAUUUCCUAGGUUAGUAUAUUCUUAUUUUAAAAUAGCCCUGGUUCUCCCAGUUUUCCAUAGGGAAUCACACUGCUCUGAUACAUUUCCUGUAUCAUUGUGAGUUAGUUAGGGUUUCUUUAAAGCCCUGGAACUAUAAUUAACAUUUAAAAAUCCUAUGCUUUGGAAGAGGCUCACAGACUGGUGAUGAACACAAACAACAAAGAAACGAUUUUCUAACACCAGGUAUCUUCAUGUAUAUAGGAAAUUAAGAGGUAGGAUACACUGCUUUAGGUAUUACUAAGUUUAUGGUGAGAAUGAAGGAAAUCUGAUACAAGAAAUAUAAAAUUAUUCAGGAACCUCAUCAUUGUGGAAGUGACCUGAUUAUAUAACAAUUUGGAACACUCAGCAGUAAAUUCUUCUGUGUAGUUUAGUUUAGAGCAUUGAUAAUGGAAACAUUUUCUGUUCCUUCAAAAAAUCAGCAGGCACCACUUGAAGGCCUUGUUCUGUACAAGAAGAAGGAAAGUUCUAAUGUAAGGUAAGACGACUGGAACAUGCCCAGUGCUUUCAAUUCAAGAUCAGGUUAAUUAUCCUCCUUAACUCUAAGUAACAAACCAAUUUGAAAUGUGGCUAAUUAAUUAAUUGAUCCAAACCAGGUGUUAAAUGGCAAGGAUUAUGAGAAAGGAUAAAAUAUAAUGCUUAUAAAAAGAAACAUUUCUUGAAUUUUCAAAGUCUAAAAUUUUGUUAUGAUAUUUAUAAAUUUUGAGAUUUUUCAACCGGAAUUGAGCAUCUUUGUGUCUGGGGAUAUAUGCCCUUAUCUGGAGGAAAAAAUCCAAACCCUCUAAUAUGCAUCUCUGAAUAUAAAGGAAUGGGGCUGAUUCCAAAAUCCACAAACAGACACUACUGUCACUCCCUCUUAGGCUAAGGAUAAUUGUGUGCUAAAUUAAAAGAGCUGGUCCAGGGAACUGGUAUUUACCAAACAUAAAAUGUUAGCACUAAAAGGGGCCUUCGAGAAUGCGCUCCACCACUGUUCCCAGAUAAGAACAAUGGCAUAGGAGAAACUGGAAGUUGCCUAAGGCCACACAGCUCAUUAAAGGUAGAACAGUGAUUGGUGCUCACUCCAGUUCUGUUUCCCCAUGCCUAGCUAAGUAACUACUGGUCCAAAACUGUAGAUUAGGUAGAAAAAAAGAGAGACAGAUAGAGCAUUUGAGGAGAAUAUACCCCACGUGCAAGAUUCUUACAGAGAAUCUAACUAAAGGAAUUAUUUAAUGUGCAAAAACCUCAACCAAAAAUAUUGUUUUUAAACACUGAUUGGAAAUAUUCAAAUGACUAUAAAUCUGAUUAUUCUUGUAUUCCCCCUUCCUCCAAAUACUAUGAUUAACAUAUACUCUAGGCUCCAUUUAUUAGAAAUGGAAAAAUAAUUUUUGAUGGGUCAAAAAACUCACUAUAACACAGACAGACAACUGGAGGUAUUGAAGUAUGUAACCCUUACAGCUCUGCCUCAUUCUGUGUGUUUGGUUUUUUUUUUAACAACUAUUUUAGUUAGAAAAUAAGUUUCAAGAACAUAUUAAAUAACUUUUCUUCCUUUUCAUAUGUCUGCCUGAUCAAUGUUACGCUGCUAUGGCUAAAGCUUUAUAGAACUAUAACCUAACUGUCGGUUUCUUUGUGCACAUCUUUUCCAUGACUGCAUAUCUUCAUUCACUUUCACCUUUGUAUCAUUUUUUUACUGUUGUAUUAUUUUUGUUCAAUAAAUACUUUGUGAUAAAAGGUGUGAGGAGGCAAGUGG